AUGGAAAACAAACCGGAACGGCAAUUAGAGGCAGUCAAUAAGGUUUAUAACAUCACGUCGUUUCCAAACCAUCAGGGGUUAUAUUUCGAACACCAUGGUCCAGUAAAAGUGACUCGCCUCAGUUCGGAUCUAGUAGCUUAUAUUGACCUAGCAACUCCAACUUCUAAAUUUUCGGUAAUAAAGUCACGGUAUGAAGAUACUGUGGAGAUCUGUAAGCAGGUGACCGAGCGAUUCUUAGAGUUAUCGCCCACCUGCGAUCAGUUCGUUCAGACGUUUGCCCGUGCAACGUUACCUACCAUGUAUGAAAUUGAGGCCAAUCAUCGCAACAUGAUGGUAAUUGGCUACAAUUCUUCAGAGGGGGGAAGAAUGCGUCGAGGAUUAGGCAGCAAUAUUUAA